AUGGAGGUCGAGAUCAAGCUCCGUCUCCCUGACGCGGCUGCACACCGGCGCCUCUCCUCCUUCCUCGCGCCCUGCCUGCUCCGCACCGACGCCCCAGCGCGGCCCCUCGCCGCCGCCGCCGCCGCCCAGCGGGACGUCCGCCUCUACGGCACCGACGACCGCGACCCCUCCCGCGCCGCCCUCACGCUCAAGCGCCGCCCGCGCAUCGACGCCGGCGUCAGCCGCGUUGAGGAGGUCGUGGAGCCCCUCGACCCCGCCCUCGCCCUCACCUGCGUCGACAACCCCGCUCGUCUCGACGCGGUCGACUCCCCCAUCGUCCGGCUCGUCUCCGACGAGUACGGCGUCGGCGGGGACAAAGCGCCGUUCGUCUGCCUCGGCGGCUUCCGGAACACCCGCGGUGUGUAUGAGCUCGAGGAGGGCGAGGGGCAGGGGCUCGUGCUAGAGCUCGACGAGACACACUUCGAUUUCGGCACAAACUACGAGCUGGAGUGCGAGACCGCGGAGCCCGACCAGGCCAAGGAGGUCCUGGAGCGGCUGCUCACCGUGGCUGGGGUGCCAUAUGAGUACUCCCGGAGCAAUAAGUUCGCGUGCUUCAUGGCCGGGAAGCUGCUUCCGUGACUAGGUUUGUGGUUGGUCUUUACCGUGUCCCAAAUGAUGAUUAAACCGUGGUUGCUAUAAAACUUGUGUUUCAUUAGCACUUUCUUGCGACGAUAGGCUUGUUCUGUGGUGAGUGAUUUCAAAUCUCACAAAUGUAAUGUUUAGUUCUGUUACAUUCUGGUAUUUGAUAACUUUCAUCCAAGAAUACUAUCUUGGGUGGCAGCAUAGCAACACAAGGGUUUGCAUUUCAAUCCUCGUAAAAAAACUUGUCCUGGAGCAUGAUCCGACAACCGCUGGGAAGAAGCCGGGGCUGGUAUGUCUGGUUGGGGAGAGGACUAAAUUUCAUCUCUCGGGUCCAUUUAUAUACAGGACAUAAAAUCUACUCCCUUUGUUUCAAAAUAUAAACCUUUUUUUAGAGAUUUCAAUACGGACUACAUUCGGAUGUAUAUAGACGUAUUUUAGAGUGUAGUUUCACUCAUUUUGCUUUGUAUGUAGUCCACAUUAGAAUAUCUAAAAGGGCUUAUAUUUAGGAACGGAGGGAGUAGCUAGGAACAAACUGAAUUUCGUAUGUCCGCCACACGGUUAUGGGCAAUGAGCCU